UAGAGGGCAGCAAACUUCAAAUUCCUUAUCAAAAAAUUUCCUCCACAGAAUUUGUGGAGCGUUCGUAGCAACGAAUGCCGCAAAUAUUAUUCAAGGACAUUUAAUGGAAAGAAUUCAUAGAAUUUUGAUGAGGAGAUUUCCAUAGAGAUUAAUCCUUCAAGAUGAUGGAACUAAGUUUAAACCGAGUGGAUUAUCUCCAGGUUGGAGUGACAUGCCCUCGUACUAUGAGAUUGUUACCAGAGAAGAAAGCCAAAGCUCCUCAGAAGGUGGCGGUAGCUGAUCAGUCAGGAAUUAUUCAAUGUUUUAAUAUAAAAAAAGGAGAGGCAGCGAGCGCCUUCAAGACGUUACCAGGUCCCAAGAUAUCGCGAUUAGAGCUGGGUGGAACCCUUGGGUCUCUGGCAGAUAAGAUCUUUGUCGCUUGUGGGUCCGAGGUCAAAGGUUUCACCAAGAAGGGCAAACAAUUCCUGGGUUUCGAUACAAAUCUGACUGAGAGCAUCAAAACUAUGUGGGUGUGUGGCAGCCAUCUUUUCAUCGGUGGUAACUACAUCUUCAACCACUAUCUAGAUUGCAAGGAUGAGAAUUACUAUCUCUGCAGUGAUCGCAUCAAUGACCUCUUGUGUUUACCGAUGACCCGGGUCAAAGAGGUCACACCAGUGUUGGCCUGUCAAGACCGAGUGUUGCGGGUAAUUGAAGGAUCUAGUCUACUCUAUGAGGUAGAAGUGGCCGGUCCUCCGCAGUCCCUCAGCAUCUUUGCAGAUGAAGGAGGUGAAGAUGGUGAAGAUGUCCUGUAUGGAACAUCAGAUGGUAAAGUCGGUUUGGUUCAGUUAAACAGAAUAUCCCCCAGUCAUAAAUGGGAGAUUCCAAAUGAGAAACGCAACGGUGGAGUCCUGUGCAUGGAUAAUUAUGACAUUACAGCUGAUGGGAUCUCGGAUCUUUUAUUAGGACGUGAUGAUGGGAUGAUAGAAGUCUAUGGUUAUAAUGAUGCUGAUGAACCAAUUCUUAGAUACAGUACAACUUUAUCUGAGAGUGUAAGCUCAAUACAAGGAGGGGUGGUCAAUUCUUCAGGGUUUGAUGAAGUUGUAGCAUGUACAUAUGCUGGAUGGAUACAGGGCCUAACCACUGAACCAAGUCACAAAGAAGCAGGUCCCGGUCAAAAGGUCCAAGUCUCGGAUGAAACGCAAGGCAAAAUUUCACAUCUAAAGAGUGAGUUAGAAUCACUUCAGAGUAAAGUAAUGCAGGAGAGAGAGAAGUACCAUUACCAAGCCAUGAAUACCAAGGCCAUCUCUGCAGUCCCUCAGUUCAACAUCAAUGAUCGGUUCUCACUGAAUCGAGACGAUGCUAGCUAUACACUCAGCAUCGAAGUCCAGGUCGCUAUCGACAAUGUCCUCCUUCAGAGCGAUGUUCCGAUUGAUUUACUGGAUACAGAGAAGAACACAGCUGUAGUCAGCUACAGUGCUUGUGAUACAGAGAAUGGAAACUUUUUACUAGCUACAUACCGUUGCCAGGCCAACACGACAAGACUCGAGUUGAAGAUUCGUAGCAUAGAGGGUCAGUAUGGGACGUUACAAGCGUACAUCACACCUAGACUGCAGCCUAAGACCUGUCAACUCAGACAGUACCAAAUCAAGCCACUCUCACUUCAUCAACGUACGCAUAUGCUGGAUGAUUCUAGGCCAAUGAAUCAGUUAAAACUGACAGGUCAGUUUAGUCUUGCUGAGAUUCAUUCCUGGGUGUCCUACUGCUUACCUGAGAUUCCUGAGAGAACACCUCCAGGAGACUCCAUCAACUUUCAUUUCCUCUCUACAUUCCUUGAUACACAGCUAGAUUGUCUCUACAGGAAGGGGGAAGGCAUCUUUCGUUCAGACAAUAUCUCAACCAUCUCAAUCUUAAAGGAUGUCCUCACCAAGGAAGCCACUAAGAGAAAGAUCAACCUCAAUAUAUCUUAUGACCUAGCUGAUGAGUCUGUAGCUAAUACUCUUAGACGUAUUCAUCCUAAGCUUGAGUACCAGCUGUUGCUUGCAAAGAAAGUCCAGCUUGUUGAUGCUCUUAAGGAGCUACAGAUCCAUGAAGGAGAUCUUGAGUUCAUGUCUCCCGAAUAUCGUCAGAUCCUGGAGGAGGCUGAUACGCUCCAGCAGGAAUAUAAAAAACAACCAUGUCACCUUGAAAGACUCUACGGAAUGAUUACAGAUCUCUUCAUCGAUAAGUUCAAGUUCAAGGGGUCAAAUGUCAAGACGAAAGUGCCUCAGCUCUUGGAAGUCUUGGAUAACUAUGAGCUCGACAACCUGAUAGGUUUCUUUGAUUCAGGUGGAGUGUGAAUGUUACACAUUUACUUUUGUCAGUGAUUUUCACUCACUAAUAUACUCUGAGCCAAUCAGAUGCAAGGAUUUCAAUAGCUUUAAACAGUUGUUAGUGAAAAUCACUAUUUGUUUCAUGAAAUGCUCUUCACGAGGGUAUUUCAUGAAAGAGCUUGUCAGUGAUUUUUACCUACUAAUUUGCUCUGAGACAAUCAGAUGCAAGUAUUUCAG